AUGAGUUUUUCAGCUGGAAAUUCAAGAAUUCUAUCUCAAUCUGAUCUAUCUAUCUAUCUAUCUAUCUAUCUAUCUAUCUAUCUAUCUAUCUAUCUAUCUAUCUAUCUCAUUCUGUUCCUAUCUAUUUCCACGUUCAGAUCUAUCUAUCUAUCUAUCUAUCUAUCUAUCUAUCUAUCUAUCUAUCUAUCUAUGCGCGCGAUCGAAGAUUAUAUCAGGAUCAUUAUGUUACAAAUAUCGAUCCUGUUUUGUUCAUCGGGAAAUCCCAGAGGAGCGUCCAAUCAAUGGCAACAUCACCAGCAUCGUCAUCUUCGGCGCUUGCAACAGCAGCCCGAUGUUAACAACAAUCGUUUAAAACGCUACACCUACCGUCAUUAUGCUUGCGAACGCGGGAUGGCACCCACCCUGCCAUCGCCCAUUAUUAAAACCACUUAUAAUCAUUUUAGCUACGACCUAUUUCUGAAAACGACCUUAUUCCUUUCUGUUAAUUCAUACGCGCCGCGCGUGGUGUCAACUCGUGAUGACACUGGCGUCUUCCCGCCGUCCUCUCCUCAAAGAAAAAGUAAUAACUAUGUGUACAUCUAUCUAUCUAUCUAUCUCAUUCUGUUCCUAUCUAUCUAUCUAUCUAUCUAUCUAUCUAUCUAUCUAUCUAUCUAUCUAUCUAUCUAUCUAUCUCAUUCUGUUCCUAUCUAUCUAUCUAUUUCAUUCUGUUCUCUAUCUAUCUAUCUAUCUAUCUAUCUAUCUAUCUAUCUAUCUAUCUAUCUCUCGUUUGGAAGGAAUUUACUACAUUUCUGUCUUUCUUUUUUUCCCCUCUCUCUUCUUUAUUUGACUAUACUUUCUAUUUUUCUUUUAUUUCACACUACAUCUUUCUUUCUUUCUUUCUUUCUUUCUUUCUUUCUUUUUUUCUUCUUUCUUUCUUUGAUAUUCCCCCACUCUCUCCUUUAUUUGACUCUAUUUCUUUCUUUCUAUCUGUUAUUUGCCCUUCUUUCUUUCUUUCUUUCUUUCUUUCUUUCUUUCUUUCUUUCUUUCUUUCAUGCCCUCACUUUUCUUCUUUCUUUCUUUCUUUUUUCUUUCUUUCUUUCUUUUAUUUGUCCUACUUCUUUAUUUCUUCCUUUAUUUGACACUUCUUUCUUUCUUUUAUUUGUCCUACUUCUUUAUUUCUUCCUUUAUUUGACACUUCUUUCUUUCUUUCUUUCUUUUAUUUGUCCUACUUCUUUAUUUCUUCCUUUAUUUGACACUUCUUUCUUUCUUUCUUUCUUUCUUUCUUUCUUUCUUUCUUUCUUCAUUCGCCACGGCGUUUAA